GAUCCGAGAUCUAUUGUAAAUUGAUUCUCCCGCAAGUUGGAAUUGCAUACCAGAGAGCCUUCAUUGUAGCUUGGCAACAGUCCGAGACUUCAACGCCAUGUCGCAAUCACCCCUUGGGAAGCCGCUGACCCUUAAAUGCGGCCUUGUACUGCCAAAUCGGCUGGCGAAAGCUGCCAUGGCAGAGGGGAUGGCUCCUGACGGGUUGCCAAAUGAGAAGCUGAAUUCCUUGUACGGAAAAUGGGCCGAUGGCGGUUGGGGCAUGAUCAUCACAGCAAAUGUCCAGGUGGACGCAAGACACCUCGGCUCGCCCGGGGACUUGGCGGUGGACGAGGCAGUUAAUCGCGAGAAGAUGCUCAAAGCGUGGAAAACCUGGGCAGAGACGACCCAGCGCAACGGCAACCCGGCCAUCGUCCAGAUAAAUCACCCUGGGCGACAGUCUCCCGUCGGCGCUGGCAAGCGAGGUUUCUUUGAAAAGACUCUCGCACCAAGUGCGGUCCCCCUGAAGGUCGGCACAGGCCUGAUAAUGGCGGCCAUAAAUAAGCUCGUCUUCGGCACGCCGAAAGAGAUGACGACCGACGACAUCCGGCAUGUGGUGCACCGGUUCACCGAAUCGGCACGUCUUGCGGCAGAUGCAGGAUUCGCCGGCGUUGAGCUCCACGCGGCGCAUGGGUAUUUGCUGGCGCAGUUCCUCUCCGAGAAGUCCAACAAGCGAACGGACGCUUACGGCGGGUCACCUGCCGCCAGGGCCAAGUUCGUGGUCGACAUUAUCCAUGCCGUGCGGAACGUGGUGCCCAAGGGUUUCUGCGUCGGGAUCAAGUUGAACUCGGUGGACCACCAGUCCGCGGCCGAACUGGCUGGCUGUAUCGAGCAGCUGAAGCUCAUCGCCGCUGCGGGGGUUGACUUUAUUGAAGUCAGCGGCGGUUCCUAUGAGGAUCCUUUGAUGGUUCGAGGUCCUGCGGGAAAGCAAAACGCAGAACCGGCCCAAAAGUCCGACAGGACAAAGGCACGCGAGGCGUUCUUUCUGGAAUUCGCAAAGGCUAUCCGGCAUGAGUUUUCUGACAUGCCAUUGAUGGUUACGGGCGGUUUCCGGACGCGUCUGGGCAUGGAAAACGCCCUCGCGGAAGGUGACUGUGACUUGAUCGGUAUCGGCAGGCCGGCGGUGCUCAACCCGGAAGCGCCAUACAACACCAUUCUCAAUGCGGAGGUUGCCGAGGGCAAUGCGAAGCUGUAUACGAAGACCAUCCAGGUGCCAUGGUUGUUGAAGCUGCUCGGCCUGAAUAUGGUUGGUAUCGGGGCUGAGACGAUGUGGUAUAGUAAACAGAUACAGAAGAUGGCUGAAGCCUAACAACCCGACUUGGUAUCUCUCUGAGAAGUCGUAACGAGUUGUAUGAAAGGUUGAGAUUCGGUGGAAUGACAAAGCAAAAGGCUUCUCAGGCAUUUAUUUCAUUGUGAUUCCCUGAGCCGCCGAUAGAUUAAGACCAUCAUUGUACGUUUUAAUUCGAUAAAGAAAAGAAGAUAUUAGAAGAGAGCGAGAGCAUGGAGUGUCCUCUGGGAGACGAUUAUUUUGGGAUGGAAUGGACACGGAGCGGUGCAUGAGGUGGAUAAGAGUGAGAAAUCUAAAGUAGCGAAAAGUAGCGAAAAGUACCUACCGGGGUUUGGCUGGUUAUAGGUCAGAGCCCGAUGGACUGGUCAGAUGUCGCAAGUCUUAGAACAUUAUAUUAUUAACAGC